AUGUGUCCGCUAGACAAGAAGCUUUUAGAACUGUUUAAUGCCACUAAAAAUGGUUCAAUCACAUUAGCAGAAUUUAUACAUUAUGUUAAAGAACAUGAAAAAUCAUUAAGGCUAAAUUUUUCAAAAUUUGAUAAAAACAAAGAUGGGAAAAUUGAUCAAUACGAGAUUAUAAGAGCUUUUCAAGAAUUAAGGAUUGAAAUUGACGACACUGAAGCUGUAAAACUUCUUAAAAGGAUGGAUAAAGAUGGUAGUUUAGAAAUUAGCUUUGAAGAAUGGAGAGAUUUUUUACUUUACUGCCCCUUUACAGACUUACACGACUUAAUUAAAUAUUGGAGGCAUUCAGCUUGUAUAGACAUUGGGGAGGAUAUGAAUGUGCCAGAUGAUUUCACCCAAGCUGAAAUAAUAACAGGGAUGUGGUGGCGGCAUCUUGUAUCUGGUGGUGUAGCUGGCGCUGUCUCAAGAACUUUUACUGCACCUUUAGAUAGACUUAAAGUAUAUUUACAAGUAUACGGCAAUCAACAUAGCAAUAUAACAGCUUGUUUCAAAAGCAUGUUAAAUGAAGGAGGCAAACUAGGCAUGUGGCGUGGAAAUGGUAUAAAUGUACUCAAGAUAGCUCCAGAGUCUGCGUUUAAAUUUAUGGCUUAUGAACAAGCUAAACGUUUUAUUCAAGGUUCAAGAACUAAUGACUUAACAAUAUUUGAAAAAUUUAUGGCCGGAUCACUUGCAGGAGGUUUUAGUCAAUCAUUAAUUUAUCCCUUAGAAGUUUUAAAAACACAAUUGGCAAUUAGAAAAAGUAAUCAAUACAAAGGCAUAUUUGAUUGUAUUCAAAAAAUGUAUUACCAUGAAGGUAUGCGCAGUUUUUACAGGGGUUAUGUUCCCAACCUUAUAGGUAUACUUCCGUACGCUGGUAUUGACCUUGCAGUUUAUGAGACAUUAAAAAAUAAGUAUAUCACUUCACAUAACGAUAGCGAAAAACCUGGAGUGCCAUUAUUGUUAGCGUGUGGUACAAUUUCUAGUACAUGCGGCCAGGUGUGUUCAUACCCUUUGGCUCUUGUUCGUACACGUCUUCAGGCACCUCGUCCGGAUACAAGGACAAUGAUGUCAGUGUUUAGAGAAAUUUGGAUAAAAGAAGGUAUGGCUGGCUUGUACAGAGGUAUCACUCCAAAUUUUUUGAAAGUAGUUCCUGCUGUUAGUAUAAGUUAUGUUGUUUACGAACGAUGCCGUGAAGCACUUGGAGUUUCUAUGUUGUAACAUAAGUUAUUUGAACUUCUUCAUAUUUAUUUAUUUAUUAACAUUCAAUAUUUCUCAUCCAUGUUCUUAAAGUAUUAUUUUAAAUUUUGCCAACAUUUAUUCAUGGUUAAAUUUUGGAUAGUAAGUCUUGAAUAUCAGUGUUUGGAACGUUUACUAAAAAAAUGAACUCGUUCACGUUCAUGUUCAGUCCUUAAAAAAGGAACUCGUUCACGUUCACGUUCAUGUUUUUUUCAAACAAACGCGUUCACAUUCACGUUCUUUCAAAAAAUGAACGCGUUCAUUGGGUCGUUCAUUUAUUUUUUAUACAUUUUUUUUAUGAAUCGUUUACCUAUAAAGCCUAUAAUAUUCAAAGAUUAG